AUGGCUGAUUCUGGGUUCCCAUUACCACCAGAGGCUUUCUGUCUUCUAUGUGCGGACACAGUGAGAGAUCCAGUCACUAUCCCCUGUGGUGACACUUUCUGCCUGGAGUGCAUCAAGAUUUACUGGGAUCAGUUCGACCACAUUGGUGUGUACAGCUGCCCACAGUGCCGUGCAACAUUCACACCUCGGCCUGUCCUGAAGCGAAACCUGCUAGAUGUAUACCAUGAGCCACAACGAGGGCUUCCAGAGCUUACUCCUUUCCCCUACUUGAAUCGUGAAGUCUACUGUGACUUCUGCAUUGGCCGUCGCAACAAAGCCGUCAAGUCUUGUCUGAUGUGUUUGGCAUACUACUGUGAAACACAUGUCAAGCCUCAUUAUGAGUCAUCUACCUUCAAGCGGCACAAACUCGUAGAUGAGAUGGGUCAUCUGGACAGAAAGAUUUGCCCACAACACGAGAAAGGUUUGGAGCUGUUCUGUCGCACUGACCAGAUGUGUAUUUGUGUGCUGUGUACUGUCAGAGAGCACCGCAGCCACAACAUUACCUCGGCAGAAGACGAACGCAAUGAGAAACAAAAAGUCCUGGUGGUCACCCAAACUGAAGUCCAGAACAUCAUUCAAGAGAGGAUGAAGGAGCUCCAGGAACUUAAGCAUAAUAUUGAUGUUCUAAAAAGUGCAGCCCAGCGAGCACAGGCAGAAAGUGACAAGACCUUCCAUGAAAUGCUGCAGGCAGUUGAACGCUGGAAGUCUGAAAUCAAUCAGAUGAUAAUGGCCAACAUGCAAUCAGCAAUGUCACAGGCUGAAGGCUAUGUGGAUCGUCUGGAGCAGGAGAUAAUGGAGCUACAACGUCAAGAUGCAGAAUUACGGCAGAUCCUCGAGACGGAGGACAACAUUUACUUCCUGCAGAGUUUCCCAACCCUGUGUGUUGCUCCUGAGGCCAUGGUCCCCAAAGUGCUAAUUAACCCUCAGUUCUCCUUUGGAGAGAUGAGCAGAACGGCCAGUGACAUGAAAGAAAAUCUGGAUGACAUCUGUAAAAAGGAAAUGGGUAAACUCUCCAAGACAGUGAGCGAAACUCCCGUGUACAUAUUGUUGCCAAGAAAUGGAAGCAAACGACUCAAAGUUCCUUCGAAUGUAGAUUUUCAGGAGCCAAAAAACAGAACAGACUUCUUGAGAUAUGCCUGCAAGCUGUCCUUUGAUCUUAACACAGUUUAUAAAGAGCUGGUUUUGACAGAUGGGAAUCAGAAGGUCACCCGGAAGAAAACAACCCAGUUUUACCCAGAUCAUCCAGAUCGCUUUGAUGGCUACUCCCAAGUUCUGUGCAAGGAGCCUCUCACUGGUUUCAGGUUUUACUGGGAAGCUGAAUGGAGUGGAGAAUUUUCCAUAGGGGUGGCUUACAGGAGCAUCAGCCGUAAAGGGAAGAAUUCACACAGCCUGCUUGGCUACAAUGACAAGUCUUGGAGUCUCCUUUGCUCAGACUCUGGUUACUCUGCCUGGCACAACAAAGUAGACAGAGACCUUCCUGGUGCUGGUAGGGCUACACGCAUUGGUGUGUACCUAGAUUAUCCUGGAAACACAGUGGCCUUUUACUCAGUGUCAGGCACUAUGACACCUAUCCACAGAUUCAAAGCUCAGUUUACCGAGCCUUUGUAUGCUGGCUUUGGUGUAGGUUCCUCAGUUACCCUCUGCCAGCUAAAACAGCCUUAUUAACUAAAAAGUGCAAAAAUUACCCAUUACCAGUAAAGAAUUUACACCGAUACAAUAUGUAAAUAAUAAUGACAUACAUUGCAAAAUACAAUAUACUACCAGUUGUACUA